AGCUCAGCAGCUCCGCUUGUGUCGAAGAGCAGCUCCUUAUCCAAAGCGACUGGAGAAAAGUGAGGAGGUGGCUGAUGCUCUGGAGAGUUAUGAAGAACUGGAACAGCUUCAGAAUUAUUCUGCUGCUGUGAAGUUGGAGACAUAUAAUCAGUCAAACGUCAACAGUUUAGUGAAACCAGAGGCAGUCACUCCAGCAGACAGACGUAAGUCUCUGUAUCAGAAGUUCUACAAACAAGUUCAGGAGGACAAGAAGGCCGUGGACUGUGUGGUGCUUUCUGUCACCAAUAAAUGCUUGGAUUACCCCAAAUCGCUAAGACAGUGCUUGCAGGAGCGUGGCCUGUCAGUGGAAAUGCUCUACCUUCAAGUGGAAUCGGGCCUGACCCGGGCUCUGCAAGAUGUUCGAGCAGAUGGCUCCCCUUUAUGUAUACUGGUGGAGCAGAAAAACAUAGCUCUGUCCUCGUGCACUGUUAUCAUUUUCUCAGAAUCCCUAAAAAUCCAUCGCAACAUGCCUAAAGACCAGGCACUGGAUUUUGUUCAAGCUGAGUACAACCGUGGACUGGUCAAAGAGUCUCCUUCCAAGGAUCCAGCAGAUAUCGCAGCGGAGGCUUCCCAGCUGCUGGAUGACUUCUUGGAUCGGGAAAAGAUUGCGCGACACAGUGUUCCGUCAGAAACACGGCAUCUCCUCAUGCUGUUAGCUGAGGGGGUUCAUCUGUACUCAGAGGAGCUGGAAACCAUCUCAGAGUAUGUCAGGUCCCGGCAGGACCACCUACAAGCUGUAGCUUUGGAUACUGAGGAAGACAAGGGGGAUAUGUUACCCCCAGGAUUAGGAAAACCACCUCCACUACUCCCUACUCCACCUGGACCUGCACCACUGCAGUCUGCAUCUUUUGUAGGAGGGUCCUUACUGGACCACUCCCCACCCACACCUGCACCACUCCUGCCUACACCAGGUACUUUUCCCAAAUCCAAACCUCCUCCUCUGCUGUCGUUGCACCAGCUUCCUCCACUGGGGUCCCCAAUCCCUCGAGGACCCCGCCCCGGUUUGUUUCGAGGGCCUCUCCUCCACCAUGGUCCUCUACUCCACAGAGGUCCCUACAGGGACAGACUGGCUCCUCCUUCCUUGAAGAGUUCUCGUGCUCCACUUCUUUCUGCUCCAGGAUUUCCUCAUCCCAGGCUGAUUGGACCUCGACACUAAAGAAACCUGAAUGUUUUGGGUCUAAUGUUGGAGCAGAAGGUUCUAACCUCAACAGAUAUUUUCAUUUUGUUUUUAUGUAAAGUUGGAAACCAUCCUGAUAUUUUGUAAAUGUUAGAUGUUUCAUGGUGUCGCAGAUAAACUCUUUGGUCGACUAAAACUUUUGAGUCUUUGAAGAACCUGUCAGGCAUUAGUUUGCAGGUUGACAUCAGUCCAGGUGUUUUCCUGUUGACUUGUCUGCUGCUAUUUGAAGUUGGUGCUUAAAAUGUCAUAUACUUGUGCAGGUGUAGCUCCGCCUUUUCCACAGUGACACCUGUAGAAAGGUAGGAACCGGACAGGAGCAAACCAAGAAAAAGUCUGUUUAGUUUCUAAUUUGAAUAAAUCUAAAAAUGGACAUAAACAUUCCUGUUUUCUGUAAAUUUGUUGGAGCUGUUGCUCGAGUGAAUUUGGUCCGGGGGGUGUUUCUGGGUAGUUUUCCAAUUCUUGCCGUGCAGCUGUGUGUUUUCUCCAGAUGCUCUGGUUUCCUCCCACAGACUCUAACCGUGGCUGUUAGCUGAACUGGUCUCUGUCAUUUUCCCUAGGUGUGUUUGAGAGAGAGAGAGUGGUUGUUUGUCUCAUUUGUCUCCAUGUGUCCCUGUGAUGGACUGAAGACCUGUUCAGGGUGUCCUCCAACCUUCACAAAGUAAAGAAACCAGUAAAAGAUCAUGGAUGUUCAGUAGGUGUGUUUUUUCUUUCUUUCCUUAAAUGUAAUAUUUCCUGCUGGAUUCACUUUUUCUCAGCUCAGUCAGAAAUGGAGAUGAGUUUUUUUCAUCUUAUUUCAGAGAAAAACUUCAUUUAACUGGCUUUACUUUGUUUGUUCUAUUGAUAGUUAAAUCGUGUACGUGGUGUCCUUUUUAUUUCCAGAUAAAAUGUAAAUAUGUUACCCAUUGAGAGUUCAGCAGGAUUGAAAGACAUUUUUCAAAUAAAACAUGGUUGGUUUAGUUAUUAAAUGGAGACUUGAUGAUUCAUCUGUUCUAAUUUGAAAUAAAAUAAACAAAACUGAUGUACUUUUUGUUCUGCAGAAAUAAACUCAUUUGAUCAAAGUAAA